GAGACAAAAAAAAUUUUGGUACUUAUCACACGAUUUAAGUAUUAAGAUAAAAAUUUAACUAAAUACAAUAUCGUCAUUAUCAUCAACCUCGGUCGUCUCUCUCUCUGAAUCGAUUCAUCAAUCAAUCAUCAUCAUCAUACACCAACUCCUCAUCCAGUGGUUUCAGCAAGAGAGAAAAAGAGCAACCAAAAAUGGAAAAAAUAUCAAAGGAAGACACUGAAACUGUAAAUGGAGAAAUUCAACAACCAACCUCCAUUGACGGAUCAAUUUGUGGCUACGACUCACUUCACCAUCUCCUUGCUGCCAAUCUCAAACCCCAUCUAUUUCAGGAAGUUAGCCGAUUGCUUUUGGGACUCAACUGUGCCAAGGCACUUGAAACUGCUGUGCUUCCAGAAUCUGCCAAAGCUCUCUCUUCAGAACAUAAUUUUGAUCUCCAGGCUUUCUGCUUCCAUGCUGAUAAAGAGUUAAUAAGAGAACCUCGAGUAGUUAGGGUUGGUCUUAUUCAAAACUCUAUAGUUCUUCCGACUACUGCCUCAUUUUUAGACCAAAAGAGAGCCAUCUUUCAAAAGUUAAAGUUGAUAAUCGAUGCUGCUGGUGCUUCUGGAGUAAACAUAUUAUGCUUACAAGAGGCUUGGAUGAUGCCCUUUGCCUUUUGUACACGGGAGAAGAGAUGGUGUGAGUUUGCCGAACCUAUUGAUGGGGAAUCAACCCAAUUUCUUCAAGUUCUUGCCAGAAAAUACAACAUGGUUAUUGUGAGUCCUAUUCUUGAGAGAGAUAUUAAUCAUGGAGAGACUAUUUGGAAUACAGCUGUCAUAAUUGGCAAUCAUGGCAACAUAAUUGGCAAGCAUAGGAAGAACCACAUACCAAGAGUUGGAGACUUCAAUGAGAGCACAUAUUACAUGGAAGGAUCUACUGGACAUCCUGUGUUUGAAACUGCUUAUGGGAAGAUUGCUGUAAAUAUAUGCUAUGGGAGGCACCAUCCUUUGAAUUGGUUAUCUUUUGGCUUGAAUGGUGCAGAGAUUGUCUUCAAUCCUUCAGCUACUGUUGGUGAACUAAGUGAACCGAUGUGGCCCAUUGAGGCUCGUAAUGCUGCAAUAGCAAACAGUUACUUUGUUGGGUCAAUCAACCGUGUUGGGACUGAAACAUUCCCCAAUCCGUUCACUUCGGGUGAUGGGAAGCCACAACAUGCUGACUUCGGGCACUUCUAUGGUUCCAGUUAUUUCUCAGCUCCAGAUGCUUCAUGCAGUCCAUCUCUUUCACGCUGUAGAGACGGGUUAUUAAUCUCGGACAUGGACCUGAACCUUUGCAGGCAACUGAAGGACAAGUGGGGAUUUCGAAUGACAGCUAGGUAUGAGUUGUAUGAAGAGAUGCUCGAUCAUUAUUUGAGCCCAGACUUUGAACCCCAGGUCAUUUCUGAUCCCUUGUUGCAUAGAAACUCUUCAUAAGCUGUUUAUGAGAUGCAACUGAAAAUAAGAUUAUAUGGACCGAAUUCCCGAUUAAGAAAAUAAGCAUGGUCCUUGUGUUUAUAUUUGUUUUAAUGUUUUGAUAUUUGAAAAAGAAAAGAGAAAACAAUCAUAAACAAAAUUGAACCAGCUUGGUUUGAAAUUAAAAAAUAACAUGUAUGAAAGUUGAAUCCCUUCUUUUA